CAAUCCGAUUCGAGGAGGCGGGAUCGUUGAGUUCGCUGAUUGGAUGGUUUGAAAAUAACUGGAUGCGUGCUUUUCCACAUUUAAAUGCUGAUGUUUUGUUGCGUGAACGUGGUGCCAGUGGUAGAGAACUUCAAUUCAUUUUCAACUCAACAUAGGAAGACUAAAGUGCAUUGAACAUGGGAUCCAGUGAGAGCAAGAUUGCCGUGGAGCCGAAAGAGGCAUCCACGCCCAAACCAGAUCCUACCCAGAUCCAGCGUCUGAGAAAUGAUCGGGUCAAUCGACUACUUGACCCACGUUCGCCGUCCACGAACAUUGAUCGCACACCCAUACAGAUUGGUGGUGCUGUAAUCCGUACUUCAAUUGAAGAUCGUGUGUGUACCUUGGCCACCAGUGACCCCCGCUCACCUUCAGUUGGUGUCACCCGCACUCCAAUGAAAGGGACUGUUGGUUCCUUGGCUCGUCGCCUGGGUAUGCUCUUCCUGGGAGAGACUCUACCCUCCAAGCCCUCUGCACUGUCCAACCUCAAGGUGGAGGUGCUGGGAGAUGGAGAGCAAGGUUCCAGUGAGGCCCUUCUUACCUCCCAGGCCACCAAGCCUGAUGACUCCUCCAGCCCUGUGCUGCCUUCUCUUCAGAGUGUGUGCAGUGACACCCCGUUAGUUCAAAGCGACCUAGCAGAUGUAGAGGUGGAGGCCGACUUCACGUACGAGGAAGCAGAAGAGGCCAGGGAGUCUCCUCUCCACAAGAGGCUGAGUAUGAGCUUGAUAACCUGCCACGAAGGCGCCGUCCCAGCCCAGGUGUUUGCCGAUGUCCACCACACCUAUCCUCCUUCUCCUCUGUCUUAUGCUGACACCAAGCCACACACAGACGGACCUGAGCACUCGUAUGCCCUCCCGUCCAUCACCUUUGAACUCAUGAGCCAUGUGACCCCUAGCCAACCUACUGUUGUAGCGGUUGCAAAUGUUACUCAAUGGCCUGAGGAACUGGUGGAGGCAGAGCCUGUAGAAGUUGCCCCAGUGGAGGCAGAGCCUGUAGAAGUUGCCCCAGUGGAGGCGGAGCCUGUAGAAGUGGUCUUGGUGGAGGCGGAGCCUGUAGAACUUGCUCCAGUGGAGGUGGAGCCUGUACGAGUGGUCUUGGUGGAGGCGGAGCCUGUAGAAGUUGCUCCAGUGGAGGUGGAGCCUGUAGAAGUGGUCUUGGUGGAGGCGGAGCCUGUAGAAGUUGCCCCAGUGGAAGCGGAGUCUGUAGAAGUUGCUCCAGUGGAGGUGGAGCCUGUACGAGUGGUCUUGGUGGAGGCGGAGCCUGUAGAAGUUGCUCCAGUGGAGGUGGAGCCUGUAGAAGUGGUCUUGGUGGAGGCGGAGACUGUAGAACUUGCUCCAGUGGAGGUGGAGCCUGUAGAAGUGACUUCGGCAGAGGCAGAGCCAAUUGAGGUGGCCCAAGCUAGUAGUCCAAGCCCAGGCUUGACCUUGCAGCCUCAAACUGGGUUCCGCUGUCCCGUCUUUGACGCCAAGAGCCCUAGUCAGGUUGUGUUCAAGCCCCAGUGGUUGGGUAAAGGGUUUGGGACCACAGGAGUCCGAGCCAGAGGGAGAGGAGGAAAGGGGACUUCAUCUUCCUCCCCCCUCUCUGUUCGCUUGGCAACCAAGAAAGCAGCCAAUGAGAACAGGGCAUCAUCCAAGCAGAAGCAGAGAGGCAAGGCACUGGCUGAGGGACGCUCCCCACUGCAAAUCCUUAAGGCAACCAACUCUCCCAGGGACCAUCAUUCACAGACCAAGCUGAAGGUGUCCACCCCAGACAGGCAGAGACUUGGCCACCCGGACCGCAGGGUCCUGACCACAGCCAUGACCACGGCCCUGGAUAAGGAGAACAGAUAGACACAGCGCACUUGUCGAGAAACCUGCCGUUCUUUUCCAUCUUAACUUUUUACUUGAAAAAUUAUUUCUGUCUUCACUUUUAACUCUUUAAAAAUUUAUUUUUUAUGUAUAACAGCCUUUUGUGAAAGCUGUUGAGAUGUAUUUUUGUGUACAGGAAUUGUGCAAUGAAUUGUGAGUUGUUUUUAUGCAAAUGUCCAUAUCGUCUUCCUAUCUGGGUUUUGUUUUAUGUAAAUAGAAAUAAAUAUUUGAUUUUC